AUGACGCAAGUCCGCGCACAAAUGAUCGACAGUCGGUGCGGUAGUAAACAUGCGUACGUGUCAUUCACAGAUGCGGCCGGAAGCGCGCGCGUGUGUGCGCGUGUGCCUACACGCUCCUCCGCCCGCGUGUGUGCGCGCCCGUGGAGAAAUUAUGAAGUCAUUUCUAUAUCGAUGUCUGUAAUGUACGAGCUCUGUUAUGUCUCCGGUUGGCCGCCGGCGGCCUUUGUUUUGUCUCGAUCGCCCGCCGCGGAUCUAGAUUAUAAUGAAGCAGUGGUCCACAAACAUGUGGCGAGGGAGCAAGAGUUACGUCGUCGGGUCAGAGGUGGGCGUUAUGACGUUGGCAUUGUUAAUGAACUCGCAGAGGAGCGCUGGGGCGCACGCGGCCGCGCGUGGGCGUGUGACCUCUCGGCUCGCGUGGGCCGCACUUUCUACCGCAACCCGAGAUCGGGUAGAGUGGACGCGCCCGCGCGAUAUGUCCGCACCAAAUCCGCGUCGGCGGAACUCGCCGCGCUUAACUCCCUCUAU